CCUCAGAGCGGGGACUGCCGGGUCCGGCCCCAGGUACUCAUUAAUGAGUGAAGGAUCAAAAGGUGGGACGGUGGCCAAGAAGCAAUGGAGAAUAAAAGUUUAGAAGGUUCCCCAUCAGACCUAAAGUUAGUGGCUCAUCCGAGAGCAAAGAGUAAAGUGUGGAAGUACUUUGGUUUUGAUACCAAUGCAGAAGGAUGCAUAUUACAGUGGAAGAAAAUCUACUGCCGUAUUUGCAUGGCGCAGAUUGCCUAUUCAGGGAACACGUCCAACCUUUCCUACCACCUCGAGAAAAACCACCCCGACGAAUUCUGUGAGUUUGUGAAAAGCAACACCGAGCAGAUGAGGGAGGCCUUUGCUACCGCCUUUUCAAAAAUCAAGCCGGAAUCAUCGCAGCAGGUUGUUCAAGACAGCCUCAUCAUGAAGACCUACCAGAACUACGAAAACAAAAAGCAUCAGGAACUGACGUCCGCAGUCAUCAGCUUGAUCUGUGAGGGCAUGUAUCCCGCCUCCAUCGUCGACGAGCCCACCUUCAAGGCCCUCUUGAGAACAGCUGAUCCUAGGUAUGAACUUCCUAGCCGGAAGUAUUUCUGUACAAAAGCUAUUCCUGAGAAAUACAAUGCCAUUAGAGAAAUCGUCCUAAAGGAGCUCACCGACGUUCUGUGGUGCGGCAUAUCCACGGACAUGUGGAGGAGCGAAAACCAGAACAGGUCGUACGUUACCGUCGCGGUUCACUUUCUCAGCAGCAGUCCUUCAAACUGCCUGGCGGUUAACUCACGGUGCUUAAAAACGUUUGAAGUACCGGAGGAUAAUACUGCAGAGACUAUCACCCGAGUCCUUUACGAAACGUUCAUCGAAUGGGGAAUCAAUACAAAAGUCUUUGGUGCUACGACAGAUUACAGUAAAGACAUUGUGAAAGCUUGCUCUCUCCUAGAUAUUCCAGUGCAGAUGCCUUGCUUGGGGCACACUUUUAACGCCGGAAUACAACAAGCUUUUCAGCUCCCGAAGCUCUGCGGCCUUCUUGCCAGGUGCCGAAAACUGGUGGAGUAUUUUCAGCAGUCUACCAUGGCGAUGUAUAUGCUGAGCGAGAAGCAGAAGCAGCAGAAUAUUCUCCACUGCAUGCUGGUGAGCGAUCGCGUUUCCUGGUGGGGCAGCACGCUUGCCAUGUUGCAGCGUCUCAAGGAGCAGCAGUUCGUCAUCGCCGCCGUUCUCGUGGAGGACAGCAACAACCACCACCUCAUGCUGGAGGCCAGCGAGUGGAACACGAUCGAAGGGCUGGUGGAGCUGCUGCAGCCUUUCAAGCAGGUUGCGGAGAUGAUGUCCGCUUCCAAGUACCCAACAAUCAGUAUGGUGAAGCCGCUUCUCCACAUGCUUCUGAAUACCACCCUGAACAUCAAGGAGAACGAUCUGAAAGAAAUCAGCAUGGCGAAGGAGGUAAUAGCGAAGGAGCUGUCAACCACCUACCAGCACACCCCGGAAAUAGACAUGUUCCUCAAUGUUGCCACUUUCCUGGAUCCUCGUUACAAAAAACUGCCUUUUCUUUCCGCCUUUGAGCGGCAGCAGGUGGAAAACAGAGUGGUGGAAGAAGCAAAAAGCCUGCUGGAGAAAGUCAAAGAAAACACCUUUCGGACUGAAGAAAAGUUCUUCGCGGUUUCGGAGGAGCCCCCGGUGAAAAAAAUAAUUAUCUCCUCCACUCCUCCUCCUACUAGCGUGAUCAACAACAUGCUUGCAGAGAUCUUCUGCCAGACGGGGGGUGUGGAAGACCAGGAGGAAUGGCACGCUCAGAUUGUUGAGGAGUUGAGCAACUUUAAGUCUCAAAAGGUCCUUGGUUUGAAUGAAGACCCGCUAAAGUGGUGGUCUGACAGACUAGCGCUGUUUCCAGUUUUACCAAAGGUUCUCCAAAAAUACUGGUGUAUUCUGGCCACAAGGGUCUUUCCCGAACGCCUUUUUGGUUCUUCUGCUAACGUUGUCAGUGCAAAGAGAAACCGGUUAGCCCCAGCGCACGUGGACGAGCAGAUCUUUUUGUACGAAAACACUCGGAAUGGGUCCGAGGCAGAACCGGAGGAUGAAGACGAAGGAGAAUGGGGUUUGGAACAGGAACAGAUUUUUAAUUUAAAUGACUCGGUAAACGUAAACAACAAUUUCUUUAAUAUCCGAGACAGUGGGUUUGUUUAACAGGACUACUGUGGUACAUUUAAUAACAAAGAAAAAGGUAUUUGUCUUAAGUUACCAAAAAUACUUCUGUUUAUGCUAUGAAUGCUGUAAAUAUUGAACAGUUGUAACAAACUUGAUUUAGCUUCCAUUGUCUAUGUUUUUCCCACUGUCUUAAAACAUCAAUGAGUUGUGAUUAAACAGCACUGAAAUGAACGAGGAAAUAAAUGCUACAAAGAUCGUGAUUUCUGACUGUGGCCCAGAUCUCAGAGAGCACUUAGCCAUGUGCUUCCUUUCCGCUUGCUUCAGUGGGAGGGAAACACAUGCCUAUGUGCUGUCUGUAAUGAAAAUAUUUUUCCUGAAUCAAGACCCUGAGCAAGGGACUUUUAAAGUUCUAUGCCUCCAAUUAUAAAUCCCACUUGAUUUAGGGCGUUAGCUUUAAAUUUUGGAUUUUAAAAUGUUAUUCUUGAAUUCCAUUAAUCAGAGCAGCAAAGACUUUUAGAGUAUGUCAAUGCUAUAGAAUGAAAAAAAAGAUCUUGAGCCUGAUUUUCUUUUUCACUACCUCAUAUCUUAGGCCUGGUCUGUGCUAGAUGAGAUCAGCUGGUGUAAUUCUGUCACUUAGGGGACUAUGUUACUACUUUCACCGCUGUCGCGCUGGCAUAGGCCGUAGUGUGGAUGCACCUCCACUGGGGCAAUUUAUUCGGCCUUCCAGUGCGGUAUAAAUGGUAUAAACGCUUCCAAACUGGUAUGGCUGUGUCCACAUCGGUUGGGUUUUACCGUGGAGCUGUCGCAGCUAAAUGGCAAAACCCCUUUUUGUCCGGACGAGCCCUGGCAGUAGCACGCGGGGCGCGGGCGGGUGGCAGCCUACACCCAGGAGCAGAGCAGCGAAGGCAGGAGGCGUGCCAGGGCCACGGGUCUAACUCUGUGUGCGUGUGUUAUAACGUGCUUAACCUUUUAAUUUAAGUGGGCGCUUCGCCCAGGGUAGCUAGGAAGUUUUGUUGGUGAGAAAAGCAGAAUAAAAAGCUUUAAUAUUAUGUAAAUAUAUUUAAAGGAGGGGGACCCCUCCGUUUCCCUACACGUAUCCGGUGAGUCUUUAGGAUUGUUUCUUGUUACGUUAGCACUUAAAAACUUUUUUUUUUCUUCCUGUCUCUUUUUUUUCUUUUUUUUUUUUUUUUUUUUUUUCAGUUUGUAGAGUGGACUUUAGUCUGGUCCAGUCAAAUGUUUGAGUACUGUUUCCGAUUAGUUGUUGUGUAUUGCAAUUGUUUCCUUUGUGUCUCUAGACCUAAAAGUUUUCAGCCCUUUUAAGAACUUGGUUAAAAAAAAAAAAAGAAAGAAAAUGAAAAAAAAAAGUAAAAAAAUAUCCAACAACCAAAACCCCACAUUUCUUAGGAAAUACUGCUGGUCAUAAACACGAUGCUAGUUCACAUGUGGCACAGAGUGGGACGGCAGCCAGCAUUACUCUGUGCAGCACGGAGGAGGGAUCCUGUCACUGCCCAGUGACAGCUGAGGGUUGAUGUUUUUUUGUGGUGGGCAUCUUGUCCCUCACUCAAAAUCUCCCAGCUCAAACUGUUCUGAGAGGGUCAGUCUCACCUGUUCAGAUGCCAGCCUUUCCCAUCUGUCCAUAAAGUAGUCAAAAAAUUAAGUGAGGCAAAUUCUGGAGCUCUCUUCCCAGCUGUGAAGAGCGGACUCCAACCUGCUCCCCGGCGGUGGUCUCAAAUGACCCUGCUGCUAGAAACGUGUGAGGUGUCUAGGGAUGGGAAAGGCCAUGGCUGAUUUAGCAUGUUUGUGUAAGCACAGCCCUUCUGUAGAGAGGCCAGUGGAAGACUGGUCAUAACCAUUACCGGGGAAGAAGUCUUGACUUUUUUGUCCCUGUGGCAUCCACAGACCUGUAGAGAGGGCCUGGCCAGCAGGAACAUGUGAAAACGGGAAUGACGCUGGAAUUGAAUAUACUACCAAACUGCUUGUUUAUGUCCUGGUCGGGUAGUUUUUGCAGGUGUCAGACCUCCCUCCGUGUGUGGCAGGAAGGGGUGUGUGGAUGCGCUGCAGCGGUGGCUGCAGUUGCCCAAGAUGCAGCACGAAGGCUCGGCACAACAGACCCAUAGGCUGUCUACGAGGGCCUCAAAGUCGAGUCGAGGAAGGGAGCAAGGUGCAGAAAUGGUUUUAAGGCCCUGCGAGCACCCGCCGUGCCCAGUUUCACCACCAAGUGCUGCCAGGGAGCUGCAGGACACCAGCGUGAGGCAUGUGCGUCGCCCUCGAUGCCAGGGGCUGCAGGACGAGCCUGGGGCAGCGCCUCAUCCUCAUGGGGCGGAAAGCACACAGUGAGGCUUAUGGCUUGGCUCGCUCCUCACCCAGCUGUGCUGAGAGCAGUGCGAUGCACUGUUCUCUCCCUCCUAGCUUCCCUUAGUUAUAUAGAUAUUUUUUUUGGUAUCCAAAAUAAAGCUGUAGUUGGUUCAAUUGAGAAGUCUUGGCAUUCUCUUAAAAAUAAAAAAAAAAGGGGGGUAGGGGAAAAACAAAGCCAUUGUUAGUUCUACCCGUUGUUUGUGAGAUUUUUAUUUAAUGUUCUAAGCUUGGAAUAUUGUUAAAUAAAACAGAAAAAUAAGUUAGUUACUAGAGUAUUUGUCUGAUGUGUGUUCGUAUCUGCAGCACUUUAUGACUUUGAACUCUUCCGCAACAAGGGGAGGUUAUAUUCUAAGGUUUUGAAGCUAUGCAUUUAUUUUCCUUUUGAUCCUGUAAGUUAUUAAAAAAAAAAAAAAAAAAAAAAAAAGCUGUAUAAAUCUUUUGGAUUAAAAAAAUAUGACGAUGAAAAACGUCAGAAGUUUAGACAGUUUCUCUUGCUUAAAUAUGUGUGGUGUUUUUUAUUUAACAAUAUAUUCUGUUGGUUGGUUGGGUGGAGAAACCAAGUUGCAGAGCUAUUUUAAAUAUUGCUACAACGGGAGUUAAGUUGUUAUUGCCAAGGGUGGGCCUGGGAUGCAUUUCCAAAUUAUGCUAUUAAGUUAGAUUUAUGUUCAUGUUUCUUGACAGCUAAUUUGAAUCCAAAGUCUGAUGUCUCCAUUUCUUUCUGGUACAGCUGAGGCAUCUUUUUGGAGGGGCAAUAGAUAGACUUCAACUUUUGUGUACUUUCAUGCUGGAAAAGUGACUUUUUAAAUGUUUUCAAAAUGCAUACUUUAAGUCCAAAGAAGAGGAAAUACCUGUUGCCACAGCUACGUGUUCCCAAUUCAGGGUUACAACUCGAGGGGUUAGGUGCGGGUUCUUGUGACCAACAACGUCACUGAAAGGAGUUUUCUUGAAUGACCAGUCUUGAGAGGCAUUUGACCUUUGUACCACCAGGAUUUAUGAUGAAGCCAAAAGGAACACACAGAACCAAACUGAGGUUGAAAAGGUGAAAUUUUCCAGCAAAUUGUAUUAGAGUUUCCUUAGUUUAAAUUAAGUAAGGACAUAAAUUUUUGGAUUAUUUGCAGAAAGGGCACGUUAAUUUAAGUUUCUGUUGCAGCAACGUAUCAAGGAUAUUGCUGAAAUUAGGGCUCCGUCUUGCCAAGGCUCCUUAAUAAAACGUUUCCUGCCCCCAAGUGAAUAUCUUAAAAAACCCUUCAGAGCAGUGGAGCUGGAGAUACCUGCAAUCUUUUUCCUGUUUCGUGGUAACUUCAUUUCACCCAGUGAAGAAGAGCUUGGCUGCAGGAGUCAGUGUUGCUGCCCACAUCGCCACAACCCACUGCCACCAACCCGACAGAAACACAAUAGGUGUAGCACAUGAUAUUCUAUCAUUUUUAUACUCCAGGAAUCUGAUGAUGUUGGCCUGCUUGUUUUAAAGUUGGAACUUUUCCUUUAGUUAAUAUCAGCGUGGUCCAAUUAGCUGCACAGAAGCAUUUGCAUGCAGGCAGGAGUAUGAAAAGCAAAAGAAACCGAUGCUGGUUGCAGUACUCUGUAGGACCCCUGACGGCGUAGGAGUUAGAUGUAGUUCUGCAUGGCUUUGUCCUUUCUGCGGCAAAGCUGAAAAAGAAGGGACUGGUUAAGGACAUCGUUUUGGAAUGAGAAGAUGUGGAUUUUAACAUACAAGUUGCAGAUUUUACGUAUUCCAUGACAGUUGGGUAAAGCAUGAUUUAUACAGGAAAGCAUGAUUUAUACAGGAAAAAAUGCAUUUUCAUCUCCACACGACUUAAGUCUGUGGUCUCCGUUUCUGUAUGUGCCUCUUGGAGGAAAGUCUCCUGAAGAGCGGUGGCCUGGCUCUGUGGGCACAGUGCUGUGUGGCACAGGCUGUCUUUUUGGUACACUGGCAAGACUCUUGUGCCUUGGCUCCUUGGGAGGUUUAGGCGUUGUGGCUGUUCCUUUUUUCUUUUUGUUUGUUUUUGUUUUUGCAGGCCAAGACUGAAUAGUCUGUGUGGUCAUACUUCCUCCAAACUACUGGUCGUCUGCCAUAUUCAAGAUGUGUUUGUGUUUUUAGGAGAUGUAGGGAAAUUACAGAUGUUGUUUUUAUUCUUUUAAUAAAAUUACUAUUUGGUGCUGUGGAUAGAAGUUAACGAUACAAUGCAAUUUUAUGUCUGCCUUAAAAGCACAUCAGUAGAGCCCUUCUGAAGACUUCAUAGUUUUGAAACUGGAAUUCAAGACAUGCCUACAGUUGCUGUGUAAUUUUCCAUAAAAAGCAUUUCCUUUAGGUUGAACAACAAAGAUCGAUCAAAUAGAUCUGUACUGUUUCUACAGUCAUUCUCAGUGCUGCUGGAGUUGGGUUAAAAUGCUACAGAGGAAUUAAGUUUACCAUGAAAAGACAAAGCAUCGUCUUUCAGCUUAACUUGUAUUUUAAAAACUUCUUCACCGAGAAAAUUUAAUUUGGAUCUUUAAAAAAA